GUGGUUGGCGCGCCCACGAACGACGCGUCUUUUCUUUAAUUGCACUUCACAGAACAAAGACAUUCCAUCAGCCGCAAUUCCGAACAGCAAUAUAUGAAAGAGCACGUUCAGUGUGCUAUAUAUGAGACACGAGCUUCAGACCAAGGCACAAUGACUUGUUAUGACGCUUCCUGUUUGACUUCGCUUCCCACCACUGUCUUCAACCUCCCCGACGGACACUCCGACAUCUCCGGUCAAUGGGCUUCAAAUUCAACUGGCUAGUGGAACUCUUGGAUGGCCUUGACGCCGCAAAAUGGCAGAAACCCCUUACAGUGUCCCGUGCGAUGAAGCCGGAGCACCAAGUAGUGGAUCAAUGGUUCAAGGCACAUGGCCACCAGAUACCUCGACAUGGACCCUCCGCUGCUUCUUUUCUGGCUUGCAUGUUUCCAGAGCGUCUGUCGCAUCGGACGUACGCGAUGCAAGAAGCCAGACUAGCCACGACCUUUGGUCGUAUACUUCAUCUCGGGACAGGUCGAGCCGACAGACUACGGCGCUGGCAAGACUCAAAGCUUGAUUUCUCAACAUGUCUAGAACAGAUCAUGUCUGAGGCCGAGAUGCCUCUUCCAGACGCCAGCAACCAAGUCACUCUCGAGGAAAUCGACGAAGCCCUUUUUCAGAUCGCCGCGAACUCACCUUUCUCGUCAGUAGAGAUUCGAUGGUCGGCCAAUAACGCCUAUCCCCACGAAAUUCUACUGCCCAUCGUACGGCGCCUACAAAGCUGGGAAGCGAAGUGGCUCGUGCGCAUGAUAUUGAAGUCUUAUAGUCCUAUCCAGAUACCAGAACAUCAGUUUAUGCAGUCGUUUCAUUUCCUCCUUCCCGAUGUCUUAGCCAUACAGAACAGUCUCGAAGCGGCAGUGGAAGUGUUAUCUCAAGAAGAUCUCAGAUCUCUGCCGCCAAACCCUCCAAAAGAGCUAAGGCACAUCUAUCGCAAAGUAUGUGCAAGAUACCUGGUACCGAAACUAGGGGUCAUGAUCUGCCGUCAGCCGUACUACAAAGCCAGGAGUAUCCGGCACUGCUGUCAGAUGGCAAAUCAGAGGUCAAUGAGUGUGGAGCGAAAGUAUGACGGCGAGUAUUGCCAGAUACAUAUCGACAGAUCAAAGCACGGCAGAGGUUGCAUUCAGAUCUUUUCCAAAAGCGGCAAGAACUCGACCGAGGAUCGAGUCCGCUUACACGGGGCAAUUGCCGUAGGUCUACAGCUUGACAAUGCAGACUGUCCAAUACAACGGAAUUGUAUCGUGGAGGGUGAGCUUCUCGUGUGGAGUCGGUCGAAGAGAGCCGUCCAGCCGUUUCAUGUCAUUCGCAAACAUGUCAUGCACGGCUUGCGCUUCUUAGGCGCCGAGGCUGAUUCUCCAAGAAAGCCGGAUGAGCAGUUAAUGAUUAUGUUUUAUGAUAUAUUGCUACUUGACGACAAAGUAUUGACUAAUAAACCCCACGCCGAGCGACGAGAGCUAUUGAGGGCAGUUGUCAGACCAGUCGAGGGUCAAUCCGAAAUCGGAUAUCGCAAUGUCAUCGACUUCUCGAAAAGGGACUGCAAAGACGGACUGCGCGAAUUGUUCGUCCAUGCCAUUAACGAGAGAUGGGAAGGUCUUGUGCUGAAAGGCUGCAAGGAUCCUUACUUUUCGUGGGAAGAGAGCAGCAGCGUCAUUAAACUGAAGAAGGAUUACAUUGCCGGGCUGGGCGAUACUGUUGACCUGUGCAUUGUUGGCGGCCGACGCGAGCAAAGUGUGGUUGACGAGCUGAAAAUUGGCCAACUAUCUUGGACAUCGUUUCACCUUGCCUGCCUCGAGAACAGGGAUGAAGUCCGGAGAUUCAAUGCUAAGCCUGCAUUCCGGCUCCUGGACGUUCUGUCAUAUCACAACAUAUCAAAGGACAAUAUCUUGUUUCUGAACGAGAGAGUUCGGCUCUUGGAGAUUCCGUAUUCCAGAUGCACGCAGUAUCUCGACGUACGGAUCGAUCAGAGGGGGAUACGACCGCCUACAGCUCUCUUCAAAGAGCCUUUUGUUGUCGAGGUCAUGGGAGCAGGGUUUGAGAAGCCGUCUAACACUCCAUACUUCGUGCUGCGGUUCCCUCGCGCUCUCAACAUCAAGCUGCAUCUGGACAGAUCUCUGGUCGAAACAAACACUUUUGAAGAGCUGCAGGAGAUGGCUUGCAAGAGCAUGACGCCGGUGUCUGAAGCGUUUGACCACGACGAAGCUGAAUGGCUGCAACGUCUCAUCCAGGCCGAUGGGAAAGGGUACAAUGCAGAAGGCAAUUCUCAAAGUACAAGUCCGGCGAAGAGUUCUCCAGGUGGAGGAGUCAAGUUUGCAGACCUCACAGACCACAAGCUUGAGAGACAAGGCUUGGACACGGUGGCUCAUGCUAGACGUCCAGGCGAUACCGGUAUGGUCAGAUUCAGUUCACCUGUUGACGGACAGAACACAUCUGUACGCAAGCACACCCUGUCGAUUCAUAUAUCACCCUCAGAAGAAGCGAGAAAGAAGCGCAGAACAGACAGUGGUGUUGCCGCCGCCACAAUAUCCAAACACAGGUCACGCUCCACUGCUUCAGUCGGAACCGGAAGCGUAAGGAGAACUUUGAUACCCCUCUACCGUGCGCUCAAGGGCCCAAUGUCGGCCAUUUCGCCAUUCAGCCCACCGGCCGUUUUCCGUUCUCCAAGGAAGAGGAAAAACAAAGGCAAAAGCAAAAGCGCUACUGCCCGAUCUUCGGCUGCUCCCAUUUCACUAGCAUCCAGCAGAAGCAGACAUAUGACUACAGGCAGACACCCGCUCGGGGAGCUUCCGAACGUCUCUCCUACCUCGCCGCAACGUCCUGCAGAAGGCAAAGUCUCAGGUAAUGCCUCAGGGCCCCGAUGACCGUGACGCCGAGUUGGAAGAAAUCACGAAGACCAAAGAUAUACUAUACCAUACCCCCCAUUUAAAUAAUUAGGUAAACAGACCAAAUAAGACACACAGCACUACACUACCCAUACUGCAGACAAUACACUAGUAGACCGUUAUGGUCAUUUGCCAUUUGUAGUCAGUCCGAGUCAUCAAGAUGAUCAUUCAUAGCUAAUAUCAAUUUUUA